AUGGAAGUAACAAUAGUAAGAAGCUUCAGCAGCGGUUUCAGUUUCACUCAUUCUCUUCCACCGAGAAGUAGUUUUUAUACAACAUUUUCUAAAAAGAAAGAUGUUCAAGAUAACACUAACGAGUCUCAACCUUUUUCAUCAUUGAGGAUUUCGAACUCAAAUCUUGUUCGUGCUGCCAUUGGAGUGUUUGGAUUAGGGUUUAUUGAUGCAGGGUAUAGUGGAGACUGGUCGAGGAUUGGAGUAAUUACGCAGCAGAAUGAGGAAUUUCUAAGGCUUGCAGCUUUUCUAGUGGUUCCUAUUUGUGUCCUUUUUGUUUUUAGGGUUCCCAAAGAACCUAAUUAUUGA